AUGCACAGCAAGGUUGUCAUCGUUGGCUCUGGGCCCGCUGCCCACACUGCCGCCAUCUACUUGGCUCGCGCCGAGCUGAAGCCUGUCCUCUAUGAGGGUUUCAUGGCCAACGGCAUCGCGGCCGGCGGUCAAUUGACCACCACCACCGAUGUCGAGAACUUCCCCGGCUUCCCCGCCGGCAUCAUGGGCGGCGAGCUGAUGGAAAACAUGAAGAAGCAAUCUGAGCGCUUCGGCACCGAAAUCAUCACCGACACUGUCGCCUCCGUCGACUUCUCCAACCGCCCCUUCAAGUACACGACCGAGUUCAGCCCCGACGAGACCCACACCGCCGAUGCCAUCAUCAUCGCCACCGGCGCCUCCGCCCGGCGCCUGCACCUCCCCGGCGAGGACAAGUACUGGUCCAACGGUGUCUCCGCCUGCGCCGUGUGCGACGGUGCCGUGCCCAUCUUCCGCAACAAGCACCUCUUCGUCGUCGGCGGCGGUGACUCGGCCGCCGAGGAGGCCACCUUCCUCACCAAGUACGCCAGCCACGUCACCGUCCUCGUCCGCCGCGACGUCCUCCGCGCCAGCAACAUCAUGGCCACCCGCCUGCUGAAGCACCCCAAGGUCACCGUCCGCUUCCACUCGGCCGCCGCCGAGAUCAAGGGCGGUGAGGACGGCCUCAUGAGCCACCUCGUCGUCAAGGACCUCAAGACCGGCGCCUUGGAGACCGUUGAGGCCAGUGGUCUCUUCUACGCCAUCGGCCACGACCCCGCCACUACCCUCGUCAAGGGCCAGCUCACCAUGGACGAGGAUGGCUACAUCCAGACGGUCCCCGGCACCACCACCACCAACGUCGAGGGUGUCUUUGCUGCCGGUGAUGUCCAGGACAAGCGUUACCGACAGGCCAUUACCAGUGCUGGUACCGGAUGUAUGGCUGCCCUCGAGGCCGAAAAGUUCAUUGCUGAUCAGGAAUGA